AUUUUGAAGGACACCGGACAUUCUGACGACAUUUCACAAUGGGUGCGAAUAAUUCUAUCGAAAAACAGUCAUAUUCGAGACAGGAGACAGUCGAGAUCAUUAGCAAGCGCACCAUUGGCAAACUAAUCGUGAAGCAUUGUGGUAACGAAGGACAGUCAGAUGACCCGACACUUGUUGUGUCUCUGAGACGAAUACUCCAAGCGACGAUCACAAAACUCGACACGGAAUCAGAGGAAACGUGGAGGAAUGCAGAGAUCGUUAUUUACGACCAGGAAGGAAACGAUUUCUGUAUUCGAUCGGGAGAUUUUGAAAACAAGUUUGUCGUUCAACUCGACGAAAAAGAUGAGAUUAACAUAACGUGCACUAACAGAAAAAAGCGAAGUUUAUUUUCAUGCCUAGGUGCUCCUUUCAAACGGACCACAAAUUCGUCGAAUAGCUCGCUACGUUCGGAACAUAAAGCUGCCAUAAACCAUGAACCGACCUUGGAAUAUGACGCUGGAAAGUCUUGAGUAGAGCCUAACAAUCUAACAGACUUGAAAGUUGAAUCCUGUAACGACAUGCAUGCAAGGCAACUCGAUUUCGAAACAUGUCCAAGGUUUAAUA